AUGCAUUACCUGAUUCUUAUUUUGUUCAUUGCAAAUUCAAUAACAGCACAAGAGCCCAAAGAGUUUCCUGAAAUAAUCAAUGGCAAUUGUAGCAAAGCAAAAGACCAUGACAUGGCUCAUUACGAAGUGGUUCACAAAGAUUCCAUUCCUCUAAUUUCUCGCAAUACGACGGUGACGUGGUAUGGAGACGAAAAAAUCUACUGCAUUAAAGUACUCAAUGAGUAUUUGAAGAGGUACGGAAACGGAGGCGGUACAGCGUUUAUAAAAAAUGGUGGAUUGGGACAUCAUUAUAUAACCAUCGAAAUGCAUUCGGACAAGGGGGGCGGAAUGGAAUUUAUUAUUUUUUUGUAUGGUAGAAAGGAUUAUAAUUAA